AUGUCAACCCAAACUGCUCCGGUCAUCCCCCCCCGACCGGCUCGAUCUCCCCAACCGCCCUCAUCGAUAGACAUGCCCAUGAUCCCCCCACGCCCAAACAACCGAGGAACGGAUCGAUCAAGUUCCCCAAUGCGCGACAGCUAUGCCCCAUCGCCAUUCAAUGAAUGGAGUGGGCCGAGCAUGACCCGGACCGUUUCGAAUGAUGCGCCACCCCGGCCCCCGAGUGUCACAAUACCGUCCCUGGGUGAGGAGGGCAUUGAAUACGCGGAUCUGGAUGUGGGGAACCUGUCCGACAGCCAUCACCAGACGCCGGCCGAGACUCGCAAUGUCAACAGUGAACUCAAGAUCCAUGCCCCGAGGCCGUCUCUGCCGACGUCGAGUGCAAAGGCCCAGGUGGCGGCGGUCACCCGCACGGAUUCUCGGCAGGCCGCAGCAGCAGGCCUUGGUCAGGAUCGCUACCCAGCUCAUGAGGAGCACGAUCGUCCCGGCCGCUCGCUGCACUCUCGGGCCAGUGGCUCGCGGGCCGACUCGACUGCUUCGGACCGCCGACUCUCUGCCCAUCUUGGAGAUGACCACGGCUUUCGAGUCCCCAUGUACCCCAAUGCGGGCGAUGUCCAGGCGCCCUCGCCAAGCCCGUAUCUCGACCAAGGCUCUCAGCGACCGGGCCGCAACCAUAACCGCACCCGAAGUGCUCGGGAUUCCUCUUUGCCCCCGGGCAGCUAUGGCCUGCAUGGCCACGGUGUGCAGCACACCGAUCAGUUUGAGAAGGCCUGGUAUGAGAAACACCCUGACGAAUAUGCCAAGGAAGAGGGACAGUAUGGCCCCGGUGUAGGCACUCCCCGCCCUGAUUGGGCUCUGAGCAGUGACGAUCUGAACAAAAUCGUCAGAACCUCAGCCGCAAGUGGCUCUGGAAUUGGCACUUCUCCUGCCAUGACGGGCACUCCCGAGGAGGAGGUCGGCUAUCUUGCAUCGGACGAAUAUAUGCACCGGAUGGUUUCUCCGCCGCCGGAUGGCCAUCAUACUUCUCAGCCUGCAGUGGAAUCGCCCCUGCGACAGAUGAGCUUCCCUGCAUCGGAAAUACAACCGAAGGAUGCACCUGGUUCCUCGUUGCGUCAUGGCCGCACCAGCUCACAUGGACACCAUGAGGGUGAGGUGAUUCAUGUUGAUGACCCGAUUCAUCAUUUGCAUCACCCGGAUGGAUUUACUCCGACUCCAGCACUCGAAGAACAUACCCCCGAGGACGAAGAGCCUCCCGAAGAGGAAGAACCAAUUCUGGCGGCCGACGAAGUGCGUCCGGAGUCGGCGUAUUUGCACCCCGCCAUCUCUCCGACUUUUGAGCACCGGGGGAGCUUUGACGAGGACCGCAGUCGCACUCCUAGUGUCUCACAUAGCCGCUCGAACAGCCGUUCCGCCAGUGCUCAAGGUGCUAGGCCUUUGCUGACCCGCUGGGACUCGCGGGAGCCGCGCGAAGACAUACACACCCCUCUUGAGGAUGUGGAGGAGUACGAGCCAUUGUUUCCAGAGGAAGAAAAGAAGGAACCUCCUGUCUCGGCCGCCGAUCGCUUCAAGAAACGCCCCGACACACUCAAGCACCGUUUCCCUAGUGAAGAUAUUUGGGAAGAUACCCCGAACAGUCUGCAACUCCACGCUACUGUGACCAUCCCAGACCUGCCCAAGCAUGACUCUGCUGAGACAUUUGAGACACCCGAGCAGGAGGCCGCACGGAGGAUGCAGACAGAUAAGGUCGACUCACACCAAGUGGCCGCUCAUAUCCUGGAAGGCGAGGGUGCCCGUGAGAAAGCCACGGCUCCUGUGCGACCAGACCUCACGAAGCAGCGGUUCCCCAGCCGUGAUAUCUGGGAGGAUGCUCCCGAUAGUCAGCAACUAGUGACCACGGUCGAGCCUGCAGCCGAGGAACUCAAGAGCCCCGAAGUACCCACGAAGCCCAUUCUCCCGGCACGCCCGCAGAAACAGCCCCAGUCCACGUCACCGACCGAGAAACGCCAGCCGCCAGUGAUUCCCGGCAGACCCAAGCCCCAGAUCCCGAUUCGGCCUGCUAGACCGAGCUCCAAGCCCUCGGCGGAUAAUGUGACCCAAGCCCCUUCUGUCGAAUCGAAGGAGGCUCCGGCUGUACCCAAGGCGAAGCCCGCGGUACCGGCUCGCCCGAACGGAAGCAAGAUCGCCGCAUUGAAGGCGGGAUUCCUUACCGACCUGAACUCGCGCCUGCAGUUCGGCCCCCAGCAACCCAAGCAGGAGAAGGAGCCCGAGCUGCCGGCCGAAAAGCAGCCUCUCAGCGAUGCUCGCAAGGGGAGAGCCCGUGGCCCAGCCCGAAGGAAGCCCGCCGUGGAACCCGCUAAAGCUAAGCUCCCGUCCAUCCCCGAGGUUAAGAUCACCCAAACCUGGGAUGUGUGGCAGAUUGGCACAGACGGUGGUUUGGUCGUCGGUGCUGGUGAUGUGCUCACCAAGCCUGAUCAGCCCUCUGCCGUCCUGACGCAGGUUCCCCCAACUUCCGAGCCGCCCAUGGCGUCUCCGCUUGCCAAGAACACUGCAGGCGAGCCCGUCGAUCCGACCCUGGAAUCUUCUGCUGUUGACGACGUCGCCUCUCCCAGCACGGUCACUGUCUCCCAGGAAGAGUCUCCCCUUGCCCCGGCCUCGACUCUCGAGAGCUCAGAGGGUAUUGAUUCUGCGUCUGCCACUGAACCCAAGGAGUCUGGGCCAUCACCCAAACCGGAGACUGCUGGUAUUCCUCAGCCCGGCUUUGAAUUCAUUCCCGACCCUGACAAGUUAGAUGAUGCUAUCGAGACCAUGGCCGCCUCGGCUGAUGGCAAGAGGCAAUCGGAUGGCCAGAUCCACGAUCAAGAGAAUUAG